UUUUAUACGUUAAUGAAACAUCGGAAGAAUAGCUUGCCGCCAUGUAGAUGUUAGCACUGGUGGAAUUUGGUUAAACGUUGGUGUUAUCGCGUUACAUGACACAAAUAAAUGCACAAUCUAAGUACACAUCGAUCGAUGUGUAGCAAUACUUUAUACCUAACAAAAAUACCUCGCCUUUCAUAUCGAGUUGGUUGAUUUGAAAAUGUAAAACAAGAAACAGGUUUGCGUUGGGCCCCCUGGAACGAUUCGAAGAUGAGUGGUACCAACAUUACAGGAUAUGAAAUCAUCAAACAGAUCGGAAGCGGAGCCUAUUCCGAAGUGUUUCACGUGCGUUGUCGGCGUUCGGGGAAAUCCUAUGCUGCCAAACAUCUGAUCGAUGCGUGUUCGGAUUUGAAUUGCGAUGUAGCUUUUCCUGAAAUUCAGCUCAUGCGAUCCGUACCCAGUCAUCCGAACAUCAUGCACAUUUUCGACUACGUAUUUGAAAAGAGUAGCCUAACUUUAAUCAUGGACUUGAUGGACAUGAGUUUGUACGAUUACAUGCAAACUCGAACACGUCCAUUUUCCGAAAGCCGAGUCCGUAAAAUGCUGUACCAAAUCGUCACAGGACUGGGACAUCUUCAUCAGAACGGCAUAUUUCAUCGUGACGUUAAGCCGGAGAAUAUUUUGGUAAAAAUUACCGGCGGUAUCGUAGGCAGGAAAGAAAUUCUACAACUAGCUGACUUUGGAAGUGCGGAGCGCAUAGCGAAAUGUCCCCCUUUGGCCAUCUACAUUGCAACCCGAUGGUAUCGGGCUCCUGAGUGUAUGCUCUCGUUGGGUCAUUACGGGCCCAAGAUGGAUGUUUGGGCGGUAGGGUGUUGUUUUUAUGAGAUGCUCACCCUGAAGCCACUAUUUCAGGGCGAAAAUGAGCUCGAGAUGCUGGAUGCAAUACAUAGGCUGCUAGGAUCCCCAACGAGCACUAUGCUGGAACAAUUUCGACCAUUAAAUUUGGCCAAUUUAAAAUUUCCAACACGCAAAGGAAUAGACUUCCGGCUUCAUCUCCCAUUAAUGAAUCCAAUCGGGCUCGAUUUGAUGAAAAAAAUGCUAAUAUAUUAUCCUGAUCGGCGCAUCGGCGCAAAAAACUUGGUUACGCACGUGUACUUUAAGGAAAUAAUUAAACACAAAACGUUAUCAAAAUUCUCAAUGAGCCAUCAGAGCUUGCAUUACGUUGCAGAUGAAACGAGUUUGACCAUAAAAGCAUCCUCCAAUGCAACACGAAAAACUAAGCAUCACAACUGUCCUGUCUCGACGACUUCAAGUGUGGUCAGUUUCAUCAGCAACAAUACAUUUCACAUUCUAUCCGUCGACGAACAAAAAAGGAUUAAUAAACGGAAAGAACGCUUAUGGAAUAUGAAUCCGGCGUCAAUGGAGAAGCAGAAACAAAAAUUUAAAUAGUCGAGGAAGUUCGUGAAAAUGGCUAACAGAAAGUGACUUUAUAUUUGGUAAUAAAAUUUUAUUUUUAUACAUUUUCCCUUACUUCCCAAAGAA